AUGAUUGAAAAAGACAACGCCGAGAAUGACCCGACUGGAAUUCUAUCAUCAGACUCAUCCGCAGUAAUUCUGCUGAAGGAUGACCCGCCCAAUGGCGGGCUGAGGGCAUGGCUCCAAGUACUCGGAGCUUUCUUCAUGUACUUUAACACUUGGGGUAUUGUUUCGAGUUAUGGGAGCUACCAAGAGUACUAUGAAGAGUCAAUCCUCAGCACGAGCACCUCCUUCCAGGUCUCUGCGAUCGGCGCGAUCCAAAGUUUCUUCAUGGUGUUCCUAGGAUUUCUCGCCGGCCCUAUCUUCGAUAAGGGGUAUUUCAAACCUCUUGUCAGGGGCGGAACGCUCCUCGUGCUGCUGGGGACCGUUACACAGGGCUUUUCGACCCGAUACUGGCAGUUGCUGCUGUCGCAGGGCGUCUGCGUUGGUGUGGGAAUGGGAUGCCUGGCUGUUCCGAGCAUAGCUGUCCCGUCCGCGUGGUUCACGACCAAGAUGCCUCUGGCAAAUGGCAUUAUAGUUUCAGCGAGCGGAUUUGGUGGGGUUGUGUAUCCAAUCAUGAUCAAGUACUUGAUCCCGCUCGUCGGCUUCAGGUAUGCAAGUCUGAGCGUGGCGUUGGUGGUAUUUGUCACAUUGGGAAUAUCCAAUGUGGUCAUGAGCCAGCCCGAGUCCUCGCGACCAAAGAGGGCCUUUUUCGAUCGAACAGUUUUGACGGACGUGCCAUAUCUUCUCUUCGUCCUCGGCUGCGUGCUCACGUUCCUGGGCCUGUACACAACCUUCUUCUACGUUGCCGAUUUCGCAGUCGAGACGAACGUCAUUAAAGAAGGCGUGGCAACAUAUCUGGUCACGGUCUUGAAUGCUGCGUCCAUCCUCGGACGCAUCCUGCCUAACAUCCCACAGAUCACGCAAGGACUGGGGCCAUUCAACAUGAUGAUUAUCUCGGUGUCGUCUCUGGCCCUCCUCGUGUUGUGCCUCAACGCCGACGCUGGCCUCGCGGGUCUCAUGACGAUAGUCAGCUUCUAUGGGUUUUUCACAGGUUCCUAUUUCUCUCUACAGCCCACAAUCUUCUGGCGACUCACGGCAGAUAUGAACCGUCAUGGGACCCGGAUGGGCAUGGCAUCGACGUGCAUGAGUUUUGGGCUUCUGAUUGGGGCGCCAGCUUCUGGGGCGCUGUUGAGAACGUUUGGGUUCCAGGCCAGCUGGGCUUGGAGCGGGGUGACGCUGUUCUUGGGUUCCAUGGCCAUACUUGGCAGUCGAGGGCUGACAGGAGGCUGGUGCCCGUUCAAGAGCGUCUGA